GUAGCUCAUUGCUAAGUCGCUGUUCGUCACUAAUUAUUUCACUUUCAGAUAACCUCAAAGUCGAUUUUCCACCGGUUAGAUCCGAUAACUGUUUUAGGGUUUUAAUUUCGCGGCAGCCGUAGAAGAUGUCUAUGUUGCAGCCGUGUUUCCAGCAAUUCUCCUCCGCGUUUUCUCCGGCCUUCUCAAUUUCGCUUCCUCCUCCGUCGUUCUACGUAUCGGUUUCCCGCCGCAGCUUCACCUAUUGUUGUUCAUCGCUGUCCGAAACGGCUGUUUCCAAUGGGAAACUCAAUAGUAGAACCGCUGAAAGGGAUGAGAUUCGUCUCGGUUUGCCUAGCAAAGGUCGGAUGGCUGCUGACACUCUCGAUCUACUCAAGGAUUGUCAAUUGUCGGUUAAACAGGUAAACCCUAGGCAGUAUGUUGCACAAAUACCUCAGCUUUCCAACUUAGAAGUUUGGUUUCAGCGGCCCAAAGACAUUGUCCGGAAAUUGUUAUCUGGAGAUUUAGAUCUUGGUAUUGUGGGGCUUGAUACUGUCGGUGAGUAUGGGCAGGGUGACGAGGACCUUAUAAUUGUUCACGAUGCCCUUGAGUAUGGAGAUUGUCGUUUAUCCAUUGCAAUUCCAAGGUAUGGGAUCUUCGAGAAUAUCAAUUCACUGAAGGAGCUAGCCCAGAUGCCUCAGUGGACUGUUGAUAGGCCUCUAAGAGUUGCAACUGGCUUCACCUAUCUUGGUCCUAAAUUUAUGAAAGAAAACGGACUGAAACAUGUGAUAUUUUCAACUGCUGAUGGAGCCUUAGAGGCAGCUCCUGCGAUGGGAAUAGCUGAUGCAAUCUUGGACCUUGUGAGUAGUGGGACAACACUAAGAGAAAACAAUUUGAAAGAAAUUGAAGGUGGAGUUGUAUUGGAAAGCCAGGCUGUUCUAGUUGCAAGCCGAAAAGCGUUACUCCAGAGGAAGGGAGCACUAGACACGACACACGAGAUCCUGGAAAGAUUUGAGGCUCAUUUGAGGGCAGUUGGUCAGUUCACGGUAACUGCGAAUAUGAGGGGCAGUAGCGCAGAGGAAGUGGCUGAGCUAGUACUUAGUCAGCCAUCAUUGUCUGGGUUGCAGGGGCCCACAAUAUCUCCAGUUUUUAGCAGGCGUGGUGGAAAAGUAGCUGCCGACUUCUAUGCAAUAGUCAUAUGCGUACCAAAGAAAGCGCUAUAUAAAUCUGUGCAACAGUUGAGAGCGAUUGGAGGAAGUGGAGUGCUAAUUUCACCAUUGACCUACAUUUUUGAUGAAGAGACCCCAAAAUGGAGGGAAUUUCUCUCAAAACUUGGCCUCUAGUCCUUUACGAUGGGUACGAGGGUGGUUUACUUGCAUUUCAUAGCAGAAGUUUUGAAGCCUUUAAGGUACCAAGGUGGAUCGGAAACUACUUCGGCGAGAGUAAGAACCUCCAUAGAUUUUGUAUACUGCCCCUUGUUCUUUUAUCUGUUUUCCCUAUGUUAUCCUUGUUGCAACCAUAAUGAUGAUUUAGAGAACAUGUUUCCCUUUUUGUAUGUGCAUGUAAGAAGAUACUUGGGAAUAAUUUGUAUAGAUACUAAUUUGCACUUCUUGUUGAAAAAGAGUCGCUGGAUGGACGUACAAUGCUAGCUUUUCUUCUGAUAAAA